GUUAGUCGAGGAGGGGCUCCACAGUCCGCUGCCUGGACCGCGUAAACCCGGAGUCUGCCCGCCGAUGAUCUUGGAUUACGCGCAGUCAACUGUCAGAGCGCGCACCGGCUGCAGCUCCCCGCCGCGCAUCAACUUCUUCAAAUCUUACAAGGAAGAUAAAAAAGAUGGAACUUGCCUCAGUAAUUGUUGAAAUUUAGUUAUUGUUUGACUGUGGCUUGAAUUGACCUGGAUGCAAAAGGAAAAGUUUGUGUCGACGCUGCGUAAAAUAGGAGCGCAGGAGCUGGAAGGACUCAUUCUCCUCCUCGUCUGUCUAAUCCUUUAAAGGAGCUGCAUCCUCUGAAAUCUAGAGUUGCCUGUGAGUGGAAAACAUGAGGCCAGCGGGCUCCUUCUGGAUCCUUUUGUUACUUCUGCUGCACAGGGUGGAGGCGGGAACAGAGCCAAUGUCAGGCCCAUCACUCAGUCCCGAAGCGAGCACUAUCAGGGGACAUGGCGAGCAGGCGCUGAGCCGUGGUCGAUACAAAUGUCUCGAGCUGUCCAAGAAAAACCACCCAGAAAACCAAACUGGUAUCUUCUGUGCUCAUAUGUGGGAUGGUUUGCUGUGUUGGGAUGAGACACCAGCUGGGACAGCUAUUACACAAAACUGUCCAGAUCACACUGACCUGAAUGCAACUGAAAAGGUGACCAGAUAUUGUAAUGAAAUGGGGAAAUGGGUCCAGACUGGCUCCACCUGUCAAGCAGCUUUAGAAGACAAAUUGGAGGAAAGAAUUUUCGUCAGAGGUGCCACAGAGGAGCACAACGUGGAGGCUGCAGGAGUUCGGACGAAAAUGAUCAUCCUGGAAAAGAAGAAGACGUGCCUGGAGAAGAUGACCAGCGAUCCGCCUCAUGACAAGUCAGGCCUACACUGCAGUCGUAGCUGGGACGGCUGGUUGUGUUGGGACGACACCCCAGCUGGUACCUAUGCCUUUCAGAACUGUCCUGAUUACUAUUCAGACCUGAAACCCACCGAAAAGGCAGCUAAAUAUUGUGGUGAAGACGGACAGUGGUUCCGGCAUCCAAAGAGCAACAUGACCUGGACCAACUACACCCUGUGUGUUGGCAACAACGACAGGUUGAGGGUAGCUGCCCAGUUUUCCAGAGACCCUGAGGUGGAGCCCACCAGCGAGCCAACUGCCUCCCCUGAAGAUAAUCAGGAGACAAAGGAGUUAAUCCGGAAAAAAAUCCUGGACAACCAGUAUAAAUGCUUUGAGAAAAUGCAUCGAGAUCCACCUUAUAACAAAUCAGGCCCGUUUUGCAGUCGGAACUGGGAUGGCUGGCUGUGCUGGGAGGAUACUCCAGCGGGAACGUUUGCUGCCCAGAACUGUCCCAAUUAUUUCGAUGACUUUGACCCGACGGAGAAGGCAACCAAAUACUGCGGGGAGGACGGGCAGUGGUUUCGCCACCCGGAUACCAACAGGACUUGGUCCAACUACACACUCUGCAAUGAAAACACGAAGGCGAAGCUGAAGUCCGCUUACAUCCUGUUCUACAUGGCAAUUGUCGGCCACGCUUUGUCCAUCGCCUCCCUGCUUAUCUCUCUGGCCAUCUUCUUCUACUUUAGGAGUCUGAGCUGCCAGAGGAUCACGCUCCACAAGAACCUUUUCUUCUCCUACGUGCUUAAUUCUGCCCUCACUAUUAUCUAUCUUGUAACGGUGGUCAACAACCCCAAAGUGGUGGCCAGAAAUCCAGUCGGCUGUAAGGUCUUGCACUUCUUCCAUAUGUACAUGUUGGGUUGCAACUACUUCUGGAUGCUCUGUGAAGGGAUUUACCUGCACACGCUCAUCGUGGUGGCUGUCUUCGCAGAGGAGCAGCAUCUGCACUGGUACUACCUUCUGGGAUGGGGCUUUCCUCUGGUGCCUGUGUCCAUCCAUGCGGUGGCCAGGAAAAAGUAUUUUGAUGACAACUGUUGGAUGAGUGUGGAAACCCAUCUGCUCUAUGCCGUACAUGGUCCGAUUGUGGCGGCUCUUCUUGUAAAUUUAUUUUUCCUUCUGAAUAUUAUAAGAGUGUUAGUUACCAAGUUGAGAGACACGCAUCGAGCAGAGUCCAACAUGUACAUGAAAGCAGUGCGAGCCACCCUCAUCCUGGUUCCCUUACUGGGGAUACAGUUUGUCAUUUUUCCCUGGAGGCCGGAGAAUCGGCUGGCUGGUGAAGUCUACGAGUACGUCAUGCAUAUACUCAUGCACUACCAGGGUUUACUGGUGGCAACAAUAUUCUGCUUCUUCAAUGGCGAGGUGCAGGGGGCUCUGAAGCGGCAGUGGAUGCAGUAUAAGACUCAGUGGGGUCAGAGGAGGAAGGACCACUGCUCCAUGCGCUCCACGUCCUACACCGCCACCUCCAUCACGGAGGUGCCCGCCUUCAUGUACCACCACGACGGCAACACCGAGCACCUGAACGGGCGCCACACGGAGGACUCCGAACUGGUGGCGCUGAAAUCUGGAGACACUUACGCCUAACGCAGAGGACGAGGAGCGCGUCACGAAGAGCAAAACCUGUCUGCCCGCCAUUUCUCAGUGAUCAAAUCUCAGAGGCAACUGCUGCUCCGGUCAGCGCAGGACAACAAUACGGGUCUGGAAGGAUGAGGACAGCAGACGAGCUGGGAGGCGUUUGUUUUAUACAAGUUGUUGCUGCUUUUUGUGAACUCUGGUUACUCACGGUACGAAAGAAGAGCUGCUUUUGAUUCCUCCCGCAGUGCUGACACUCCACUACAUGCGAGGCGGUUAAUGAGAGUGAGGAUGGUCAGAAGAUUCAGUCAUUCCUAACCUCACCUAUACCAAAGGGUACAAACUGUCACAGAAGCGUGAAGGACAAGCACACCACAAUAAAACUCACAAACCUGACUUUGGGUUUCAUGCUGGAGGUCAAAUUUCUAAACAAAACUGUGCUUGAAAAUCUAUUGUUGUGUACAUAUGUUGUAUUUUCACCGCCUUUCAUUUCAACAUGAUUUUGUCGAGUUUUUGGUUGUUGUUGUUUGUGAUUUUUGUUUGUUUCUCACCAAGUGUGUGCUGUUGCUGAAAACUCCAGGGCUGAGAGGCGACUAUCAGACUUUUAUCAAAAAGGAAAAUUAUUAUAUUUAAAAAAAAAUUAGAAUAAAGUGUCACCGGCCAUCAUCAUUUUUAAUUUUUUUUAAUGAGUGUUUUUUCAUUGUUUUUAUUUUUUUCGUGCACUCAUAGAAUUUAGCGUCCCACAAGUUUCUUAACUUAAAUGCAGCCAGAUCAACACGGUUUUAAUUCUAGUCUAGAUAACCACUGUCAUUAAAGACCCACUCCAAUGAAAAUCUUGUUCUUUUAACAUGUUCCUAUAGAUGGAGGACACAUAUACAGAAAAUUAAGCUUAAAACUACAUUUCUGCAUAUUUAUUUAUUCAAAUCCUUGUGAAUCAGGAGCAGACAAAAAGAAAGCUUGUAACAUUACAGUUUUAACAUUACUGCUCUCCUCCAUUCUGAUGCAUCCACUGACAGACAGACAGAUCCGUGUACGUCUUUGUUUUCCUCGUCUGAGCUGGAAUCUGGAUCCAAACUGGAUAGCUGCAACUUUAUUUGUCAUUUUUGUUGCACCAUUAAUGUUAAGUUUGAGGUGUAAGGGGCUGUAAGCUAGUGUGAACAGAUGGAUGAUGGGAAAGGGGGGAAGACUUACUCCAUGAAAACAGUUCUGUCCAAAAACCAGCAAGAGAAUCUGGCCACAGGGAAAAAAAUGGAACCCCCCACUUUAAGAUUUUGACCUUUUAUCCCUGAUUUACAGAGAAAAAACAGCAUUUCAUUGGCUUUUUCUCCGGAGGUUGACAGGUGAGGUUAUACAAAUUUGAACACUUGUUAAUAUUGACUUGAAGGAAAUAAAAAAAUUGAAGCUCAUCUUGCAAACUAAAAUCCUAGACAGUUAUAGUUUAUUCAUAUUUAAAAGUUUAAAAGCUGAUAGUUCUGAAAAGUUUUUAAAAUAUCAUUUUUGAAAGAGUUUGCUAAAGUUCCAGCUAGAGAUUGAUUCUGGCGCCAUCUUGUAAAUGACCAGAGGCCCCCAAAUUAAUAGGCAAAUCUGCUCUGCAAAAACUACGACACAUUUUCUUUAAAUUUUGACUAAAAACUGCAUAAUCCUAAUGAAAAGACCACUGGGAGCGCUUUGAAAAUAGAUCAAAAGAUGACUGGAGUGGGACUUUAAGGCU